AACUCUCCUUUUGUGAUAACCACCUUAAUUUCCUUCAGUCAGACACUUAGCUUGUGAAGAUUGGUGUAAUAUGGGAAUGAGGAUGGGGAAAGCAGCUCCACUGAUUCCAGUGGAGUUACUCCUGACUUGCACUGCGGUGAGAGAAAGUAGAAUCAGCUCAAUGGACUCCAGUGCAGUGACUACUAAUUUACACCAGGGUGAUGGAGAGGAGAAUUAGGUACAAAUGCUUUUGAGGUAUUUGUAUUUGUAUACCUCUGUCACCCAGAUGUGGGCGAACUCUGGAUAACGUUGUAUAAAUGUUACUAUCCUCAGUUUACCAAGGGGAAUCAGGGGUCUGGCUGGACAGAUUCUGCUGUCAGGGAACUGCUGUGAAUGUUGUGGUGGCAAUGAUUGGGAACUCCAUCAUCAUCACCUUGGUAUGCACUGACUACCGCCUGCAGUCACCCAUGUGUUUCUUCCUUUGCAAUCUGUUCCUCAUUGAAAUCCCCAUGAUUAUGACUGUGGUCCCAAAAAUGCUGGAGAAGUUCCUAUCAGGGAGGAAUACCAUCUCCUUUUAUGGCUGCCUGGGUCAGUCCUACUUCUAUUUCCUGCUGGGCAUUUCACAGUAUGUCUUGUUGGUCACAAUGUCCUACGAUCAAUAUGUGGCCAUAUGUUACCCACUGAACUACAGCACCAUCAUGAAUAGAAAGGUCUGCGUCUGGCUGGUGGUGGGAUCAUGGAUGGGGGGAUUCUUCUCCAUCUUGGUCCCUACCGUGAUCAAACUUGGAUUGCCCUACUGUGGCCCCAACAUCAUCAACCGUUUCUUCUGCUACCGCACGCCCUUGUUAUACCUCACCUGUGCCGACAUCUGGCUGGUGGAAUUCAUCAAAUUCAUCAUCUCGCUGCCUGUGUUGCUAGGCUCCGUGAUGCUGAUGGUCAUCUCCUACGUGUAUAUUAUCUGCACCAUCAUCUGUAUCCCAUCCGCCAAGGGCAGGGAGAAAGCUUUCUCCACCUGUGCCUCUCAUUUCACUGUGGUCACCAUUGGCUAUGGCACUUCCAUCUUCAUCUACAUCAUGCCUUUGCAAGUCAACUCCAUGAACCUCAACAAGGUCGCCUCUUUGAUGACCACAGCAGUGACCCCAAUGCUCUACCCACUCAUAUUCAGCCUCAGGAACCAGAAGGUCAAGGAGGUGUUGAGGGUCUCAAUUGACAAGUGCCUGGGGCUCAUCAAACACACACUCUGAGCUGGGGUAAGAAGGAGGCAGUGCAGAAGUAUUGAGGUUUUGUAUUCCCUGGUGCUGCUGCUUUAGUUCCAGUGGAAGAUGUCCAUGGUCAUGAUUUUUCAGGGUGCAGUCAGCCUCUUGGAGUUUGCUGAGCACCCACAACUCCCAUUGCAGUCAUUGAGGAUGUUCGGCAUUUCCCAAGAAGCCCCAGGCAGGAUCAGAAAUGAAGGCCUAAGUGUUCUUUUCAAUGCUGCCCAUGUGUAGUUUAGCUGCUCCUUGUGUUUGCUGUGCUGAUGGCUUGGUUAUAAACUGACAAGUGAUUUAUAAGUGCCCCACAGCAGCAGCAUCCACUGAUCCACCAUUUAGGAUUAUAGCAUUUCAGCUAGGGACAAAGACCAUGCUCAAGAUGUUGAUUGUUUCCUAUUGUUUUCUGUGACCAGUGCAGAAGAAGUGGGUAUUUUAGGAGGGAGGUAUGACAACAUAUACCAAUAUGAAUAAAAGAACAGUUUUAUUUAAUAGUUCUUUCUUUCUUUCUUUCUUAUUUUAAAAUCACUCCUUUCAGGUCAGUACUGCAGAAGAAGCUGCCUUUAGAAGGGAAAUAUAAUAAAAAUAUACCAAUCAGAAUAUAGAAAAUAAAAUAUUCUGAAUUUAAAAAGGAAAAUACAAUGUAUGCAUUUAUUUGGGCACAGUAUAUCUCUUGUGUGAAAGUGAGACUCUUCAUAAUCAGCAUUUUACAGAUGUGUAAACUGAGGCACAGACAGGUGAAUCAAUUUUCUCAAAGUCAUACAGUGAG